GCUUUCUCUCCUACUAGGCUCACCUUAAGGGUGGUGCCAAGAGGGUCAUCAUCUCUGCACCCAGUGCAGAUGCCCCUAUGUUUGUCAUGGGUGUCAACCACGAGAAAUAUGAUAAUUCCCUUAAAGUUGUCAGCAAUGCCUCCUGCACCACCAACUGCUUGGCUCCCUUGGCCAAGGUCAUCCAUGAUAACUUUGUCAUCAUUGAAGGUCUUAUGAGCACUGUUCAUGCCAUCACAGCCACACAGAAGACCGUGGAUGGGCCCUCAGGGAAACUGUGGAGGGAUGGCCGCGGUGCCAGUCAGAACAUUAUCCCAGCCUCCACUGGGGCUGCCAAGGCUGUGGGCAAAGUCAUUCCUGAGCUCAAUGGCAAGCUUACUGGUAUGGCCUUCCGUGUCCCCACCCCCAAUGUGUCUGUGGUGGAUCUGACUGUCCGUCUUGAGAAACCUGCCAGUUAUGAUGAGAUCAAGAAAGUGGUCAAGGCUGCAGCUGAUGGACCCCUGAAAGGCAUUCUGGGGUACACUGAGGACCAGGUGGUAUCUACUGACUUCAACGGGGAUGUGCGUUCAUCUAUCUUUGAUGCUGGUGCUGGCAUUGCCCUCAACAAUCACUUUGUCAAGCUGGUCACUUGGUAUGACAAUGAGUUUGGUUACAGUAACCGUGUAUGUGACCUGAUGGCACACAUGGCCUCCAAAGAGUAAAUGUGUCCCCCUUUGUUGUGGUUUUUGAUGCACAACCCACCGUUCUCCCAUCUGGUUGGUUGUUUGCACGACUUGCCUGGAAGGAAAUUACAUGCUUGAUUUGAAGACCAAUGUUGUUUUUAUAUGAAAAUACUCUGUUCUGUUUUGUGUGAGGUUUAAAAUGGAUGUUGACUUCAAAGGCUUUUCUGUCUGCUAACAACCUGUGACAGAAUAAAGUCCUCUGUUUGUGAGAAAUGGAAA